AUGAUCUUUUUCGGCGGAGCUUGCCGCGAAGCUCCCAAAAAUAAAUCGACGUCCACUUGUGCUUUACAACUCCAACAGCUCUUCCGAAUCCACCUACAACCUCCCUUCUACAAUUCACGCGCAGGAGCCGACACAGAAAUGAAGACUUCAACACGUAUACCUCUUCGUCUCUUCACGGCUUCGUCGCCGUUGACGACAACAGCCAGCCGGCCGCGUUUCGCCGCCGCCGCGAGAGCCAUCUCGACUACGACGCUGAAGCCGGCCGAGGUUGCGCCCGUUGUCGGAACCGGACCGCCGCCAGAGGCCCCCGUUCCGGACGUCGCUUCAGAGGAGCGGGCUGCCGUCGCGCGCGCGCGCCUCGAGAGAAGGCAAAGACAGGCUGAAAUGCUCAAGCACGCCAAGUCGAUCCGCACGUCGGCCGAGGCGAAGGCGAGCAAGCCAGGCGCUUUGAAAAGGAGGUUUUGGAACGACGUUAGUGUGCAAGAGGUUGAUGGCGCCCUUCAAGUUCACCUCGACUCCCGCCCCCUUCGCCACCCCAACACCAAGGCAAUUAUGCGCCUCCCUCCCUCGAAGCAGUACCUCGCCUCUGCCUUAGCGAUCGAGUGGGAUAUGAUUACUUCGGCCCAGCAGGCAACCAAACAGCACAUGAUUCCCCUCACUUCCCUCACCUGCCGCGCCCUUGACAUCGCCGAGGAUGAUGCCGCCGCCGGCGCGAUCCGGGAGACUAUCGCCACGACGCUGAUGCGCUACCUCGACACAGACUCCCUGCUGUGCUGGGCGCCUCCUGCGGGACCGAUGGACGUUCCCAACGACGCGGGCGAGUCUUUGAGAGAUGUGCAGAAGCGCACGACCGAGGAGGUCGUCGGGUUCCUCAUGGCGCGGGUGUGGCCGGGCAUCGAGAUCCGUCCCGUUCUGGACGAAAACAGCAUCAUGCCGAUAGCGCAGGCGGAGGGCGUGCGGGAGGUGGUGCAAGGGUGGAUCAUGGGACUCGACGCGUGGGAGCUGGCCGGGCUCGAGAGGGCGGUUUUGGCGGGCAAGAGCUUGAUCACCGCGGUGCGGUUGGUGGUGGAGUGGAGCGAGGGCCCGGUCGGAGACCACCGCGAGGCGAAGAGCCCGAGGAAGUUUGGUAUCGAGGAGGCGGCCACCGCGGCGAGCUUGGAGGUUUCGUGGCAGACGGGGUCGUGGGGCGAGGUGGAGGACACCCAUGAUGUCGAAAAGGAAGAUUUGAGGAGGCAGCUGGGGAGUGUCGUGUUGCUUGUUUCGGGCACGAACCGCAAGUGA